UCACUUCCUUAUUGGCUUCACGAGAGAGAGCGGGAGAUUGCCGCUCGGUGCAUACGCAAGGUCUAGACUCGAGAGUCCGUACGGUGCGCACAAUUGCGUACGCACAUUUCCAUGCAAAUAUUGUACGUACUAAACGUUUAUACUUCCCAGUACAGCUUGCAUGUCUUCGCCCUCUCUGGAAUUAUGGGUAGUGUAGUUGUUUGAAGGCUGCCUCGCCUUCCUCGAGCGUUGUGUAGCGGUGGAAUCUGCACUACUAAUCCCAUGCGACACUGGAAUAGCAUGUGCCUUUUAAAAACCGAGUUUCCUUUAAAAAAAAAACACUUGUUUGUCUCAGCAGUUUGUCGGCUUUUGUGUGGUUUGGUGAUGAGGGUUUAAACGAAGCACAAGCAUCAUGGAUGAGGACACUAAACCCUUACUAGGAUCAGGGCGAGCUGGGGACUAUUACACCGAUUCGUUGGACCCCAAGCAAAGAAGGCCGUUUCACGUGGAGCACAGGAACAUAGUGGGGGAUGAGGUUCAGGAGCGUGUGUCUGCUGAAGCUGCGGCGCUGAGCAGCAGAGUACAUUACUACGGCCGUCUGACCGCCUCUUCUGACCGACCUCUGGUACCUCCAGAUCAUGUGAUUCCUUCUCUUGAUGACCUCUAUAUCUACAGUCCACUGGGAACAGCAUUCAAAGUGCAGGGGGGCGACACUCCUGCCAAAAACCCCAGCAUUGUCACCAUCUUCGCCAUAUGGAACACCAUGAUGGGAACAUCUAUAUUAAGUAUGCCAUGGGGAAUAAAACAAGCUGGUUUCACUCUGGGCAUCAUCAUUAUUGUUCUUAUGGGUCUGCUGACGCUCUACUGCUGCUACAGAGUAUUAAAGUCCAGAGAGUCCAUACCGAAUGUCGACACCUCAGACUGGGAGUUUCCUGAUGUGUGUAAAUAUUACUUUGGUGGGUUUGGAAAGUGGUCGAGUCUUGUCUUCUCACUGGUGUCACUGAUCGGUGCGAUGGUGGUCUACUGGGUCCUCAUGUCCAACUUCCUGUUCAACACAGGAAAGUUCAUCUACAACUAUGUUCACAAUGUCAACACGUCAGACACCUUUGGCACAAAUGGAACAGAUCGAGUGAUAUGUCCAUAUCCAAACCUGGAUCCGGACGGAGACGGCAGCACUUUCCAGUACUCUGCGGGGGGGAACAGCACAGGAGCGGUGUUUGAUCACUGGUGGAGUAAAACCAACACCAUCCCGUUUUACCUCAUUGUCCUGCUGCUGCCGCUGCUCAACUUCCGCUCGGCCUCCUUCUUCGCCAGGUUCACCUUCCUCGGCACCUUGUCGGUGGUUUAUCUCAUCAUCUUGGUCACAUAUAAAGCCAUUCGACUGGGCUUUCACCUGGAGUUCCACUGGUUUGAUUCAUCAGAGUUUUUUGUUCCAGAGUUCAGAUCGCUGUGUCCUCAGCUGACUGGGGUUCUCACGCUAGCAUUUUUCAUUCACAACUGCAUCAUCACGCUAAUGAAGAACAACAAACAUCAGGAAAACAACGUGCGGGAUCUGUCUCUGGCGUACCUGCUGGUGGGGUUAACGUACCUCUAUGUGGGCGUGCUGAUCUUUGCUGCUUUCCCAUCACCACCGCUGUCUAAAGAGUGCAUUGAACCUAACUUCCUGGAUAACUUCCCCAGCAGCGAUGUCCUGGUUUUCUUCGCGAGGACUUGUCUUCUGUUCCAGAUGACCACCGUGUAUCCUCUGCUGGGGUACCUGGUGCGCGUGCAGCUCAUGGGACAGCUGUUUGGGGACCAUUACCCCAGUUUCCUUCAUGUGUUUGUUCUGAACAUCCUUGUUGUGGGAGCUGGAGUCCUAAUGGCCAGGUUUUACCCCAACAUCGGCUCCAUCAUCAGGUAUUCGGGGGCCAUAUGUGGCUUGGCUCUGGUGUUUGUGCUUCCCUCUCUGGUCCACAUGACCUCACUCAACCGCCGAGGUGAGUUACGCUGGCCCUCGGCCAUCUUCCACGGCUCCCUCGUCCUCCUCGGUGUGGCCAAUCUGUUCGGACAGUUCUUCAAGUAGCAUCCUGUGCCUUAAAAGCGUUUACCUGAUGGAAGAGUUACUCUGUGUGUUGGGAACGGUUGCUUGGGUGCUUCUCACAGGAAUGAAGUCAUGGUUCUGGAAGUCCUAACUAUUCAUGUACCUGUGAAUUUCAUUACAAGAAACUCGCUCAAAGGCACCAAAUGUCUUCGUUUUUACAUUUAAUUAAAGCUAUGCAUUUAUCAUAUUGCUUUUUAACGGCUCUUAUUAGUUCAAGAAAAGCUAUUUCUACGGGGAUUCAAUCGUUCUGUUGUUUUUAAAUGUAUUUACAUUUUCUUCAAUCACUAAAAUCACCAUCUUUCAUCAACAUUUGCUUCCUCUGAAUUAUAAACAUGCAUACAUUAUUUUGCAUGUAAUGAGCAGGGUUUUUUUAUUACUAGAACUGUACUUGAACAUCAGUGAAUUCUGCAUUCAUUCAAAAUCAAGUUCUUAAAUUAGGACCUUGCUAAAGAAAGUGGAUACGGAUUUCAUUGUAGUGAAAUGUAACCUGCUCACAGUAAUUCAUGGAUACAUAAAGGGAAACAAACGUCUGUUUUUUUGGUUUCAAGUCACGUUUUGGAUGACUGUUACUGAUACUGAGUCUUUGAGUGUGCGGAGGCAUUCUGUGUGAGUUCAUGUCACUUUAUGAAAUAUGUGCACAUCAAAAAGGGAAACUGCACACUUUUGUGAGAUUCCAAAGCUCGAGUCACUUUCAAGUAUUUCUACAUUUGUCAAUUUAUGUCUUGUUAAUUUUUCAACAAUUAAAUUUAAGUGACCUCUUUAGAAUUUUUUUUGAAAAUAAUGCAUUUUACAGCAUAAAGCUCACAAUAUCUUAAUUAAAACCUACAAAACUCAAAGUGUUGUUUGCAAUGUAGCGUUUCCUUUAUGAUUUCCACUCAUUAAAAACCUGAUGCAAGUUUACGGAAAAUGUUUUAAUAUCACAACCAAGGUUUUUUUUUUUUUAUGAAGUGUCAGAA